AUGCCCUUACAAGAUUUUAUAGAGGGAGGGAUGGAUAGGACAAGAAGAAAUUCAACGACAGUGUCCAGUCUGUCCAACAUUAGGAAUAUCUUUCGGGUUGCUAGAGCACAGCCUAAAAAGAAUGAUGAGGAAGAAUGGUGCCCUGGACGACCUGGUGGCUUACAUCGAGUGGACUCCCUGACUCCUCUUGUCAUCACCAACAAACGUAGAAGGUCAAUCAUCAGAUAUCUAUCAAGAUGCUUUGUCAUAUCGAUAUCAAGUUGUAUUAUGGUGGUGAUGGUGAUCAUUGUAUUGUUGGGGUGGGGAGGUCAAGGGGAUAGUUGGAUCAAGCAUCCAGAUAGGAAUAUACAUCACGGGAAGAACGUAUCGUCCGUCCCUAAUGCGGUGAUAUUAGCGAAUAGUCAUAAUGAUGAAAUGCAGGGAGGGAAUGCUUUGAACCUCGCUCUCAGUUUGGGAUACGGCUUUAUUGAAAUAGACACAUACCUUGGUCCAACCCCAGCUCCAGCUUUAUCUCCUAAACUCGGUUACUCUUCCUCCAAUUUCUCAACCCCAAGCUCCAACUCAACACUCGACCCUUCUUUGACUUUACUUGCAGGUCACGAUUUGGAAGAUCUGAAAGCGCAGAGGACAUUGAAGAAAUUAUAUUUCGACCCGUUAUUAGAUAUCUUAGAUAGGAAUAAUCGGAAUAGCACUGCGGCAGGAGAUGCUUGGACAGGGAUAUAUGAGAAAGAUCCAACUAAAGAAGUAGGCAUAUUGAUUGAUAUGAAACGCGAUGGUGAAUUGAUUUGGCCAUAUCUCUUAGACUCACUCCAACCGUUUAUUUCCAAAAACUACCUAACCUACUACAAUACAACUUCUUCGACGUGGCAUCACGGUCCAUUAGUCAUAAUCGGUACAGGGUCAACCCCAUUAUCUAAAGUAUAUUAUCAAGAUGUCCGAUAUAUAUUCUACGAUGCUCCUCUCCUCACUCUCCAUAACCCUAUCAUCAUCCCCGAGAGCGAAGACGGACCGUCAUUGAAUGUAGAAUGGAAUAAAGAGAUCUCACCGAUGGCUUCAUCGAAAUUACCAUUCAAAUAUUAUUUCUCGAUCAUUCCGUUCUUUUUCUCACACGCCUCUUCACGAGGUAAGAAAAAUACAAUGAGAUGUAGACUGCAGCGGUAUACCUCCACCGCGCAAGAGAAAGGGAUCAAGAGUCGAUGGUGGGGAGUGAUAGGUACUCCGAAUUGGUUGAAGGUCAAGAUGUGGGAAGUACUCUGGGAAACGGGUCAAGAUGUAUUGAAUACUGAUGAUUUGAUACAAAGUAAAUUGUGGUUGGAAAAUAAGAGAGGUAAGGAUAGAAAUCUAGACAGGUGUUAA